AUGCAGUUUUGGCAAGAAGCGUUAACAGUUAAAAGACCAGAAAAAAUUAAUCAGCUUGCUCAAAGAUAUUGUGAAAGUUCCAAUAACUACAUUACUUAUCCAAAGGAUUCUGUUUGUAUUGAAUCACGAUGCCAAAUUCAAGCAAAAUGUGGUCAUGUAGAUAUCCCAAAUGAAUAUUCAUCUGAAUGUUCAGAAAAGUACAAUGGAAGGUUGCAUAGACUAUACACUAACGGGAGUGGAAUUCCAUCUGCCGGUUAUGUCCUACUUUUUGACGGUUAUCAAACAAGGAGCUGUACCGGCAACGUAGCAUCUCAUGCUGGAUCUUGUUUAAUGGAUCUAGAUACAGACAGACCAAUUCUUGGAUAUGUUAAUGUAUGUCCAGGUAAACUGAAAAUUGAAUAUCCUGAGAAUAGAUAUUCACUUGGAAUUUUCACUCAUGAAAUUGCUCAUGCACUUGGAUUCUCAUCAUCUAGUUUUGCAUUUAUGCGCUUUCCUAAUGGAACUGAACGAACUCCCAGAGAUCAUUGGCACAAACCGAUUCACAGGGAUAAACAAGGUUACUAUAUACCAAGCGACAAUACAAUGAUCAAAAUUACAAGGGAAUGGGAAAGUGCAGAAGGAAUGUUUAGAAAGGAUUUUUACUCUUUCGUUACACCAGCCAUCUUGGGAGCUGCAAAAAAGCAUUUGAAAUGUGCACGUUUAAAUGGAGUUGAUUUAGAAAAUCAAAAACAUCGUGGACCAAUUGGUUCUCAUUGGGAAGGGAAAACAUACGGAACUGAAAUAAUGACUGGAAGAAUAGAAGUAGACUAUGCUGUAUCUAAUUUGACUUUAGGUUUCUUUGAAGAUUCAGGAUGGUACAUCGUUAAUUAUCGAAAAGCUAUGAUUUGGGAAUAUGGUAAAAGAUUAGGAUGUGACUUUGCUGAAAAAAGUUGUUACGCAUUUGCUGAAAUUAAAAGACGAAAGAACAAAACAAUUCAUCCAUUCUGUGAUAAAGUUAAUUUAGUAACAUGUCGGGAUUUAUAUUCAUAUGGAAUAUGCCGUAUUAUUAAAUAUAAUCAUGAAAUUCCCCCUGAAGAUCGUUUUUUUAAAACUCCUCCAUUUGAAACUUCAUAUGCAGCUAAAUACUUUGGAGGUGAUGAUGUAUUUAAAGAUUAUUGUCCAACUCAAACUUUCAAUAAUGUACAAGGUUUUAUUGAUCUCUCAAAUAGAUGCUUAUCAACUGUUUUUGAAACAUAG